AUGGUUGACAAUAAAGUCAAGCCAGGUAACAUGUUGCUGGCAUUGAAGGAUGUCAACCCUCAGAAUCUGACUACCAUAAGACAAGUGUACAAUGAGCGGAUGGCAUACAUUAGGGCCAAGAGGGGACAAUUGUCAGAGAUGCAGCACUUGAUGAGGUUGUUGGAGGAAGACAACACGUACAAGAACAACAAGUAUAGGAUAUCAUUGCUAAAGAUGGUUGGUAUGACAUCAAUUGGAUUCACAUACACCAUCGGUUUUGGCUACAUGUGCAAUGAGCGUGAACCUGAAGUUACAUGGGCACUUCAAAAACUAAGGGGGUUGCUACUUAGGGAGGAGGGCAUGCCUAAAGUCAUGGUUACUGACAAAGACACUGCUUUGAUGAACGCAGUUACAACCGCAUACCCUACAGCAGCUCACUUGCUAUGCCAAUUCCAUAUUGCUAAGUGUGUGAAGGAAAAGUGCAAGCUCACUAUCGAAGACAAGGAGAUGUGGGAUGAUGUCGGGGACGCAUGGAAUAGACACAAGUUUGUGAAGUAUGCGAUUGAUCAUUAUAUGCACAUGGAUAACACAACUACAAACAGGGUUGAAGGUGCACACGCAAAACUGAAAGCGUGCAUCAAAGAUAACAAGAGUGACAUGUGUGCGGCUUGGGCAGCUAUACAUAGGUGCACACUGCUCCAGCAUACAAGGAUUAAUGCUACUUUUCAGGCAAGUAUCUUCAUCAGAGAGCACACAUUUAAGGAGAAGUUGUACGACAACCUGCGUGGUGUAGUCUCAAGAUAUGCGCUCAUGUUGAUCGCAAAGGAGAAAGCGCGCGUUGGAAAAUGCGGCUGCACUAUGAGGAUGACACACGGCCUGCCUUGUUCAUGUCAGAUUGGUAGGAUGACCACUAUUCUAUUGACGGAAGUUGACCAACAUUGGAGGAGGCUUACAUCAACAUCUGCACCUGAUGAAUCCCAACCUGUUUUGGGAUUGAGCAUUGCGACAGAGUUAGAGGUCAUUGCAAAGAUGUUUGAAGAAGCUAAUGUUAUGAGAAGACAAGCUAUCAAAGAGAGGCUUCGGGUGAUUGCAUACCCGGAUCAGACUUCUAUGUGUCCUCUUCCAAACAAGUUGCCUACAAGGGGUCGGCCCAAUGAACCUAAGGGUUCUACCAGACGCAUUCCUUCAUCUUGGGAGAAUGCUGAUGCAAUAGCUGGGUCAAAGCAAGCUAGCAACUCAUCAGCUCCACAAGGCAAGGGGCGUAAGACCCGGUCGGCAAAACGGAAGAGCAUUCCUUUGAAGCAAUCUACACCUAAGAAGAGAAGCAAAAGGAUUGCAAGCAACUCAGCUAAACUCCCGCCACAGCACCCUAAAGGAAAGGUUUACUCGGCCAACUACAUCCAUGAAGUGCCCGAAUUCCUCCGUGAAUAUGUCAUUGCAUUCAGAAUGUUGAAGAUGAUGGGAAUUGUGGAUAUAGAUGCAUUGCUUCCUUGA